AUUGCACCGUAAAUUGUCCAUGUUGUUCAUUGGAUAUUUUCUUGGAUGGUGUAAAAUUGGAUUAACGAGACGAAUCAAUUGAAUCCGUUAGUAAUUAUUGUGGCUUUCGUGAAAUCGUGAUGACGUCAAAUGAGAGAAUCGUAAAAAUCCCCAGCAGUACGGGUUGGAGUUGAUAAGAUGUCGUUUUUUGACACCAUCAGAUAAGAUGUCUCAACAUCACAUAGCCAGUUCAAGUGAUUAUACAGUACAGUGAUUUAACCUAUCCACCACUAAAUUCUAGUUGGAAGGAACACAUUUUCUAGUCAAACCUUCCAAAUACGCCCAUAUCGAAAUUUUAAAUCGAAAAUUAUAUAACCUCACACUACUGAGUAAGUUCCUGCGAAAGGGAAUUAUUAUAAUGGAACCUCAUACAUUAAGCUGAGUAAAGAUCACACCAAAAGAUGUAUGUAGUCACAUUGGAUCAAGUGAAACAACGGAUUGGAGAUGUUAACUGGAAGGAGUUUGCAUGUGGCUGGGGAGCUGCAUUCAUCAAUAUCACCCUCACCUACCCAGUUUAUAAAAUCAUCUUUAGACAAAUGCUAGAUGGUAUAUCAGCGUCAAUAGCUGUGAAACAGCUGCACAAUGAAGGCAUUUACUUCUUGUACAGAGGGAUGAUGCCCCCAUUAGCACAGAAGACCAUUUCCCUGUCCAUCAUGUUCGGCAUGUACGAAGAAGUGCGAAGGCCGCUGAUGCAGGAGGGAAUCAAUCCGUACAUGGCGAAGACGAUCGGCGGAAUCGUGGCAGGUUCCGUUGAAGUAAUCCUGAUGCCAUUCGAACGAAUCCAAACACUCCUCGCCGAUUCCACUUACCACAACCAUUUCAGGAACACCUACCACGCCUUCAGAUCUGUCGGUCUGCAUUACGGCUUCCGCGAAUACUACCGAGGCAUCGUUCCAAUCAUCUUAAGGAACGGUCCAUCGAAUGCGUGCUUCUUCAUAGCGCGCGACGAAAUACAGUCCAGAUUGCCAAAGAGCAAAUUGUGGUUGCAGAAGACCAUCAACGAGUUCCUGUGCGGAGCCGUAAUCGGAGCCUGCGUGUCCAGCAUAUUCUAUCCGCUGAACGUGCUGAAGAUCACCAUGCAGAGCAGAUUAGGUGGACCCAGUCCGAGUAUAUUCGUCGUCUUUCAGCAGAUCUAUAACGAACGUGGCGGCAAAUUGAAGCAUCUCUAUCGGGGUGUGCACGUGAAUUGUCUGCGUGCUUUCCUCAGUUGGGGCGUGAUGAAUGCGGCAUACGAGAACAUGCGGAAACUGCUUUACUAGCAAACUCAUCGCAUUUCAUUUUAAUUUAAGGAAACUUGAUCAGUAGUUGAGGUAGAUUGUGCGUGUGUACAUACAGAUAUAUAUAUUUAUUUUUGUUAAACUUUAUUUUAUAAAUUAAACAUUGUGAUUUCACUCGUAAAGAUGAUCUUUUUAAUUAAUUUAUUCCAUUCGUUUAUUGUUAACUCAUUUUAGAUAUUUACGAUAAACUGUACAAAUAUAUGAACUGUGACUAUUGCAAAUAGCGUCCCCGUUAUUAUUAUUUCUUAUU